UUUUGAUCCUUUUAUGCGCGAACUUGACUUGUGUUGAGGUGAUAUUCGGCGCGAGGCGAGCUUGUCGUCAUACAGACCUGGAUCUUUCUGUGUGAAGGCUUACAUUGACUUGGUCUUCUACAACAAUGGCCUCCGUGAGUGAUAUUCUGGUUAAGGAGUUGAGUAAGCGUGCCUCGGGGCAAGCGUUUGAGGUCAUCCUCGGCAGUCCUGCUCCAGAUGCUAAGAGCGAGUUCCUCCUCUCCCCUGUAAAAAAGAAAGACCUUUCCUUGGAGGAGAUCCAGAGGAAACUAGAAGCAGCAGAGGAGAGACGCAAGUCUCAUGAAGCAGAGGUUCUGAAGCACUUAGCUGAGAAGCGUGAGCAUGAAAAGGAGGUGCUUCAGAAAGCUCUAGAAGAAAACAACAACUUCAGCAAGAUGGCUGAAGAGAAACUCAACCAGAAAAUGGAGGCCAACAAAGAAAACCGUUCGGCAAUAAUGGCAGCAAUGAAUGAGAAAUUCAAAGAGAAGGACAAGAAACUGGAAGAGGUUCGAAAGAACAAGGAAACCAAAGAGGUCAUCUGUAAUGCAGGAAACUGAAGUUUACAUUAACUUUUUUUUUUUUUUUUUUUUAUACAGAUGCAAAGUUUGUUUUUUCUUUGAUUUCUGUUGAUUGACUUUCUUUUUGGAUGAAAUUCAUUUCUCAAGAAAUGAAAAGAAUGAGACCAAAAAGAGUGUUCCAUCAUGAGUCUAAAUUCAGAAAACAAAAAAAUGCAUCUUUGGUUUGUAAAUAGCAGUGAUUUUUACAUGUUGUGCACUCUGUUGCAUGUUGCAUCUGUGCACUUUUUCUUCUGCAUGUGCAGCUUUGUCAUCCCAUAUAAAUGGUGAUCCUCACUGUUACAGUAUGUCCUCUCUUGAGCUUUUGUUCUUGCUUACAUGAGGUUAGGAGUGCUUAAUUCAGUUUUUCUGCUGUAAACAAACUUUCUGCACAAGACUGAAUACUUGAGACUUUACACAAAUGCAAAAAUAGCAAUACACUGUCGCAUCUUGAUGGUUAACUUGUCAAUGUUUUCUGUUGUAUUAAAAAUAAUAAUAAAAAAAAAGAACUAA